CUGAACUCUCACCACCAUCAACAAUGAGGCUUCAGGUCACUCUGCUGCUCGUCGGCGUGCUUUUCCCAAAAGCACUGACACUGAGGUGUUAUGAGUGUAUUCCAGGGCUGUCUGGACAAUGCACUAACACCCAGACGUACUGUUCAUAUCAGUGUGCCAGCGAGACCACUGUUACAUACAUAGGUGGUGUACAAUCGAGAGAGGUUCAUUUGAAGGGCUGUGCAGAAGCUGGCCAGUGUGUCACUGGAAGCCUAAACGUGGGACUUAUGAAAACGACUGUCAACUCCAAAUGCUGCAGCACUGAUCUCUGCAACAGCAACAAACCACCAGCUUUGCCACAACGCUCUCCAAACGGGAAGAAGUGUUACGCCUGCGCUGAUGACGACUGCUCAAGAACUGUGAACUGUGAGGGAGAUGAAGAUCAGUGCGUCAGUGCCAGAGUUAAUGUUGGUGGUGCUCAACUGAAAAUGAAAGGAUGUGCGAGCAGAAGUUACUGUUCUGUAGACUUCUCAAGCGUGAAGUCCACUGGAAUCUCUGGAAGCAUGAGCUGCUGUGAGGGGAACCUGUGUAACGGUGCUGAGGGGGUUAAGCUGAGCCUCCUCAUCAUGCUGGUUCCUCUGAUCUUCUCCACCCUCUUCAUCUGAACUCUCUGC